UAACUUUCUGCCACGUUGAUCUGUCGCCGCCAUCUUGGAUUUCACUCCAACAAACUCUACAAAAAAUCGAUAAAUUUAAAUCAACAAAAAACCUUUCCAACUUAUUCCACCACUAGUACAUAUCUCAAUCGUAUGUACCAUGACCUCCUAUUGCCAAUGUUUAGUUUAUUUAGUUUUUCUAGCGCUAAGCUGUGUUUUAGUUAGAUGCACUGAGUUAACUUUGGAACUUGAAGACAACGCUAGACAAUGUUUUUAUGAAGACGUAAAAAAGGGCACUAAAAUUACUCUAGAAUUCCAGGUUAUUACUGGUGGUAAUUACGAUGUAGAUGUAACCUUAUAUGACCCUAAAGAUAAAGCCCUUUAUACUGUACAAAAGAAACAGUACGACAGCCAUACAGUUAAUGCCGAUGAAGAUGGAACUUAUAAAUUCUGCUUUAGCAAUGAAUUUUCAACAUUUACGCACAAGACAGUGUAUUUUGACUUCCAAGCUGGAGAAGAUCAACCAAUGACAAGGUCUAUGGGAGAACAUCACACGGCGUUGACGCAGAUGGAGACAGCUUGUGUUACUAUUCAUGAGAAUCUGAAGAUUGCUAUUGACUAUCAGACACACCAUCGUCURCGUGAAACUCAAGGGCGUGACCUCUCGGAAAACCUCAAUGAACGAGUACAAUGGUGGUCUAUUGGAGAAUCAGUUCUUAUUAUCUGUGUUGGCAUUCUGCAAGUCUUCUUACUAAGGAACUUCUUUGCUGAGAGAAGGUCCAACAUAUAAAGAAAUGAUUGUCAGUUGAACAUUAAUUAACAGGUGAAGCCAUUCAAAAUCUUCUGCGUCUGUUCUUUUAAGCACCAUCAACUUUGAGCAUUCUUGUUUUACCCUUGAAUAUAAAAGAAGAUGGGGAAAAAAUUAUUAUAAAAUGAAGGUGUUUAUAAGUAACAUUGGUGUGACCUGCUGUUCUUUGAGAAAUUGUUCAAAGACAUCACAAAGUUAAGGAAGAACAGAUUUUGUAUUUCACUGUGAAAAUGUACAGCACAGAUCUUUUGUAACAUGACUGUGGCAAGUUAAAGCUAUAUAUAGAGGUAUAUUCUGAGAUUUUUUAAGGCACUGAAAAUUCCCCCACCCUCCCCUAUCUCCAUUUUUAUUGGCAGUUUUGCUGUCUUUUGUGAGAGAAUAGGAAGAGGUAAUUAGUUGAGACUAGUGAGGAGUGACCUUCAGAAUAAAAAAAUAUGAUAUACCCCUGCAUAGUAUCUUGAUCAAACAAACAUGUCUGGAUUGGCCAAACAAAUCUUGUCAUUUACUGUGUGACUACACCAACCAAGGCCACCCAGACAAAUUUUCAUACUAAUUAGCCAAUCAGGAUUGAGUAUUUAAACAAUAGAAUCUGUACAAAUUUUCACAUUUUUCUCUUUAGGUUAAAGUAAUAUAUCUUUAUACAAGUGUGUGUGUGUGAUCAGGAGCUAACAAGAACAGUUUAAAACCCAGAAUUCACUAAUUCAUUUGUUAUGCAGCAUUAAUAAAUGUGAUUUGUGAAUUUGAUUUAAAAUUUGUUUGGGUGGCCUUGGUUGAUGUAGUCACACUGUAAUGCUAUAAUGGCAGUACUGUGUGAUAUACCAUUUCACAUGAAUACCAAAUUUAAUCUACUAAUAACAAAYUCUUCCAGGGUCCCAUUACCUUUAAGAUUAAAUCCAUUAAAUUAUAGGGUUCAAGCGUCAUUUUUCCAUAUAAGUAUAAUUUUAGGCUUGGAAAGAGAGUUUUGCCCACUGUGAUUGGUCGAGAGACCUGUGAUUCUGAGAUGACAUUCACAGGUCGUAAUCGAAAUUGAAAUCACCCAACUUAAUUCAAGUUAAGAAAACGUUUUUAUUUCUGUAUUUCAUCUUUUCUCUGGUAUUCAAGUCUAAAAAUUAGUUAUACUUGUCAUUGGUGUCCAUAAGAAUAUUCACCAAGAAUCACUUUGCCUUUUGGCAAAUAAUUUUUGAAUCUUGACAUUUUUAACAGUAUAAUGAAAAAAAAWUUAAAAUAAAACUUAAGGUUUCAUUUGAUAGUGGGCCUCUGGAAAAGGCCUUGUUUGAUCAACAUUUGAAUUCUCCCAAACAAAUAUAUACACCUACUUGCAAAGACGUUGUCAUAGGAUAUUAGAACAUUAGUAAUUUAGCAAGAAAGGAAUAAAUUAAAAGACAAAAGAAAAAGUUCAGCUUCAGUGAUCUUCUUUUGUUUUUUAAUAUAAUUCCUAUCCCACUAAAUCACUAAUGUUCUAUUUUCAUAUGUCAACGUUCUUGCAAGUAGGUGUAUAUAUAAAUUGUAGGAUUAGAUUGGGAGAACUUGGAUUUCCAUCACCUGGUCUUCCAGCAUGRAGCUUAAAAUGCAAGCUUAGUCUUUGAUACACCAGAUUAUUUGAAACGUUAUGUAGUGAUGGAUUAUGUAAGUCCCAAAUGAUAAUCUUGAUGCUACAAAUAUUAGAAUAGACUCUAGUAAAACAAAAGAUAUGUUUUAAUGCA